CCACUGUUGGUUGAUACGAUGGCAGGACGGGGAAGGGAUAUAAGGGGUUCCCUCCCGCGAGUCUCGUUGCGUUGAUGCGUCUUGAACAAGGUCGAAACAGCAGUUGAUUCAGUCAAAAUGGCGGAACUCUCCAAAGAAGCAAUCAUCCUUAUUGUUAUCGUCGGCUGCGUGGUUUCAGUCCUGAUCGGCUACUCUAUCCAUUACGUCUUCACGAACGGCUUCCGCGAUGACCAGACGGAAAAGGACAUGACGUACGAGCAGAAGGAGUAUAUGCGGGGUGUGAGGUUGAAGAAUAUGGAGAUGCUGGCUGGGCAGGCUAGAGUGAAGGUCCCGAGGGAUCCUUGACGAGUCAGUGGGAAGGUGUCAUAAUGAGGACAGACUUGCUGGACAGGUAUCCUCUGAUGCGUUUAGCGAGAAGGUUGUUAUUAUGUUGUCCAGAUAUCAUGAAUGAUAGUAAACCCCAUCUGGCAAAUUUUGACAUGGCAUCAUAGAGACAUGCCAAUAGUCAAUCG